UCUCUUUGGUUCGUCUAUAAAUGAAGCCUUUUGGCCCCCAACCUCUAAUUGGUUUUCCAUUUGAUUUAGGGUCUUGUGGCUGCGGAUUUUCAACCUAAAUUUCCGCCUAAGAAUCCUUCUGGUCGUUGCUUGCUUCUUUCAAGCUCAACCCAAAAUCUAUCAGGAACCAGUAGAUUCUGUAAAAGCAAAUUUUGGGUUCUAACCCACUUUUGCCCAACUGGGUCUUGUUGAAUCUCUCUUGAAUUCUGUGUUGCUGGGUUUGAAAUUUGAUUCCUUUUUCUCUUUCUGGUAGCUGGAAUUUGGGUAUUUUGAUUUAUCAGAAUUAUAAGGUUGCUUUGAGGUUUUCCAAGACUUGGACCCUGAAGAUGACGAUUGGUAGUUUUGCACCAAAGGGAGAGAAGAAGAAAUCACGGAAGAACAAGGCAGUGAUCAAUGAGAAUGCACCCUUGUUGCCAAAAAGUCAGGAUCAGGAGAGUGAUGCAGGGUUUGAUGAUUUCAAUGGAGCUUCAUUCUCUGGAGCUGUUUUUAACUUGUCCACCACAAUCAUUGGUGCUGGAAUCAUGGCCUUGCCUGCAACCUUGAAACAGUUGGGGAUGAUACCUGGCCUCAUUGCCAUCAUCAUCAUGGCUUUGUUGACAGAGAAGUCAAUUGAGCUUUUGAUUAGGUUUACCCGGGCAGGGAAGUCUGUUUCUUAUGCUGGUCUCAUGGGAGAUUCUUUUGGCAAAUUUGGAAAAGCUCUGGCGCAGAUAUGUGUUAUAGUCAAUAAUAUCGGGGUGCUGGUUGUUUACAUGAUUAUAAUUGGUGAUGUGCUCUCUGGAACAUCUUCAAGUGGAGAUCAUCACUAUGGUAUCCUUGAAGGAUGGUUUGGUGUGCACUGGUGGACUGGGAGAACAUUUAUAGUCCUUUUUACAACACUUGUUAUAUUUGCACCCCUGGCUAGCUUUAAGCGAAUCGAUUCAUUGAGAUUCACAUCAGCCCUUUCAGUAGCACUAGCAGUUGUUUUUCUAGUCAUUGCAGUGGGAAUCUCAAUUGUCAAGAUUAUAAGUGGAGGCAUUGAAAUGCCCAGACUCUUCCCGGUCACUACUGAUGUGACAUCAUUCCUUCAAUUAUUCACCGUUGUUCCUGUGUUUGUCACUGCCUAUAUCUGCCACUACAAUGUUCACAGCAUAGAUAAUGAACUUGAGGACUCCUCACAAAUGCGAGGAGUUGUACGCACCGCCCUUCUUCUAUGCUCAUCAGUCUAUGUAACGAUAAGCUUCUUUGGGUUCCUCCUAUUUGGAGAAGGAACUCUUGAUGAUGUGCUUGCCAAUUUCGAUGCCGAUUUAGGAAUUCCUUUUGGUUCUGUACUCAACGAUGCUGUUCGUCUAAGCUAUGCUGCACACCUAAUGCUUGUAUUUCCAGUGGUCUUCUAUCCAUUGCGGUUAAAUAUAGAUGGUCUCCUCUUCUCUUCAUCAAGGCCUCUGGUUCUGGAUAACUUCAGAUUUGCAUCACUCACUAUUUCCCUUAUUGGUGUUAUAUUCCUGGGAGCAAAUUUUAUUCCUAGCAUUUGGGAUGCUUUCCAGUUCACAGGAGCAACCGCCGCAGUCUGUAUAGGAUUCAUUUUUCCAGCUGCCAUCACUCUUAGGGACCGCUACAACAUAGCAACUAAAGCAGACAAGAUUUUGUCUGUUGUUAUGAUAGUCCUGGCUGUCUUCUCAAACAUUGUGGCAAUAUACAGUGAUGCCUAUGCCUUGAUCAAGCAGAACAAAUCUAAACGCGAAUGAUCGUCAUGAUUUUAGUUGGAGGAACUGAAUUGAUAGGGUUAUUGGUCAAUUUGAAAAUCAGGGUUUUCUGAGAGGGUAUGAUGGGUCGAUUUGAAUAAACAGAGAAGCUACCCUGUGUACAAAUGUGCUUCAGAAGUAUUGAGGCCUGCAACAUGCGUUCAGCCUCCUUUGUAAUUUGCCAUUCUGCUGUAAUAGUUAAGGUUCUUGCCGAACAUUACUCUCUUUCCCUGAUUUGUUCUUCCGCAAAUGUAAUAUAGAAUCCUUUGUAAGCAUUUGUAUGUAUUAUAUUCGGUGAAGGAAUGAAUUAUGAAAGAAUGGUAUAUAGUUCAAGAAAUGGACGAGACAAAAACCAUAGCUUUCAUUUAUUUUAAUCCCCUCUCCUUUUCUACUUACUAAAGAAGUUGAAUUGUAGAUUUGAAAACUUGUUAAUUGUUAGCAUUGUUAUUUUCCAUGAAAAAUAGAACAUUUUGGUAAC